AAGAGGAACCAUUCGUUCACCAAACCUGAAGACUCCCCGUCAGUCUUUCUUUAGUCCUUCCCUUUCCUUCAAUCUCUCGCCGGAAUCACUCGCUUUCUCAAUCAACGGCGAGAUCAAGGAGGCGUCGUGAAUGGUGGGAAUCUCAACCGACGUGGAAGACCGGGGUUUGAUGCUCUCCCUCUGCGAUCUCCACCGGAGGGGGGCGAGCUCACGCGUUUUCGCUUUUGGCUCCUGCAAACAAGGCUGGUACUAUCGCUGCCUUGGCCCCGACCCCUGAAUUCUAACGUAGUAAAUCCGCUUAGGCUUUCGGAGGCGAGGGAAACGUUUCUUUUUUUGUUUGUUUUGGUUGAGUGUGGAGCGAGAGGGGGAGAAUGCAGAUCCAUAACGGCAAGCAGCAGAGGAAGAGCCAGGGCGCGAAGGGUAACGUGGGCAGGUUGCUGAUAAGCAUCAACGUGGCGGGGAGCCCCGGGCCGAUCCGGUUCGUGGUGAGCGAGGACGAGCAAGUGGGCUCGGUCAUCUCCACGGCCUUGCGAUCCUACGCUCGCCAGGGUCGCCUCCCGGUACUCGGGUCCGACCCCGGCGACUUCUUGCUCUACUGUGCCAACGCUGAAUCAGAUGCUCUGAGUCCAUGGGAGACGAUCGGAUCACGGGGGGCUCGGAAUUUUCUUCUCUGGAAGAAGCAGAAGGCGGAGGAGGCUAACGAGGCAGGCAACCCGCCGGCGAGUCCGAAGGGGAGAUGGAAGUCGUGGCUUAAUAAGUCCCUCAAUCUCAAGAUUCCUUCACAUCAGUCACCACAUGACAAAUAUUUUUAGCUCUCUGUAUCCAUAUUGCAGAUUUUGUCAGUUUCUUGGAUUUCUUUUCAUAGUUGCUUUUGGUUUUUGUCGUGAGGAGACAGAGAAAACAUCCUCGUUCCUGAAUUUAUAUGCUUUCCAUUUGCAACUCUGUACACAUUCGUUAAUGCUAUAAUAUAAACUCAGUUCUAAA